CACGCAUUUAAAAUUUCAUAUACAAAUAAACCCUCUGACUUGAGGUGAUUGAGAUCUCAAAACUAAACCUAAGUAUAACCUCCGGUCUGAUGGAGCUAAUGAAGUUAACAUCAAACGUGAAGCAAAUACAAGAUGAUGUAUUAAAGGAGAUACUUACACUUAAUGCUAACACAGAGUAUCUCCGAGGCUACCUCCAUGGAGCCUAUGACAAAGAGUUAUUCAAGAAGAACGUACCGGUCGUAAGCUACGAUGAUGUUAAGCCAUAUAUCGAACGUGUCGCGAAUGGAGAACCUUCGAAUGUCAUUUCUGGAAAACCCAUUACUAGAUUUCUAUUGAGCUCUGGAACUUCUGGAGGGAAACAGAAGAUAUUCCCUGUUAACAACAAGUUCUUUGAGGACAUGGCAUUUAUCUUCGCUUUACGCUCAUCCCUUAUAUCAAAGCAUAUCGAAGGUGACGAAAAGGGAAAGGUGGUAAUGUUGUUUUUCGCCAGAGAGCAGUCCAUAACUCCAUGUGGUUUGCCCAUUUCUACUUCCGUUACAGGUUAUUUAUUGAGCGACAGUUUUAAGAACCGGCCUUCAAAUUGUUUUACAAGCCCUGACGAAGUGACGUUGUGUCCAGAUCUCAAACAGACUAUGUACUGCCAUCUUCUUUGCGGUCUUCGUCAGAGAGACGAAGUUGUGGCUAUGGCUGCUAGCUUUGCUUCUUCUCUGGUUGGAGCAGUCACAUUUUUUGAGAGCUACUGGAAAGAAAUCUGUAGCAAUAUCCGGUCUGGCCAUGUUAGCGAGUGGAUCACCGACCUUAGUUGCAGAGAGGCUGUUACUAACAUCCUAGGAGGAGGUAAUUCCGAAUUAGCAGAUAAUAUUGAAGAAGAAUGCAACAAAAAAUCUUGGAAAGGUAUAAUCCCACGUCUUUGGCCUAAUGUGAAAUUCAUCCAAAGCAUUGUUACAGGACAAAAUUCUCAAUACAUUCCAAUGUUAGAGUUUUACUCCAACAAAGUGCAUUUGUUCUCCCCCGCAUACGGAUCUUCUGAAACAAUGUUUGGGGUGAAUGUGAAUCCCUUAUGCAAACCAGAAGAUGUAUCAUAUACUUUUAUGCCCAACAUAUCCUACUUUGAGUUCAUACUUGCUGACGAAGGAAACAAAGGUGAAAUUGUUGAUCUUGUGAAUGUCGAGAUUGGGUCCUACUAUGAGCCAUUGAUCACAAACUAUUACGGUUUACACAGAUAUAGAAUGGGAGAUAUUCUACAAGUGUCUGGAUUUUACAAUAAUGCACCUCAAUUUAGGUUCGUAGGCAGAAAAAAUUUGGUUCUAAGCGUCAACUUGGAAGUCACAACUGAAGAAGACAUUUUAAAGGCGUUGAAUAAUGCAACACUUGUUCUUCAACGUUCAGAUUUACUAUUGAUGGGAUUCACAUCCUAUGCUGAUAUCUCCACUCUUCCAGGUCACUACAUUUUUUAUUGGGAACUCAAAGCCAAAAACAUCAGUGACACUAUUAAACCUGAUAACAAAGUAUUGGUUGAAUGUUGUUGUGUAAUGGAGGAAUCAUUAAGUGCUCUUUAUCGGGAGAUAAGGAGUAAAGAUGGAUCUAUUGGACCUCUAGAGAUCAGGGUUGUGCAGCAAGGAACAUUUAAUUCUCUGAUGGAGUUUUCCAUCUCUCAAGGUGCUUCGCCAUCUCAGUACAAGACUCCUAUGUGCAUCAAGUCUUCUGAAGCCUUAGUGGUUCUUGAUAAUAAUGUUCUUGCCCGAUUUUUCAGUGAUAAGUCCCGUCCUUUCUGAUCAGAUAUGGUCUACUGGGAUUAUGGUAACCCUUGGAAACAGUUAGAUCAUAUGGCUGAGAAUAAUGAAGGUACAAAGUUGUUCGGUGAGAUUGGGUUUUGUGCAAGUGUGGUUUGUGAUUUUAAAUCUUUUUUUUAUUGAC